AUGGCCCGAAGUGGCUUUGAUUGGAUCUGUGUUGAUACUGAACAUGGGAAUAUCGCAGAUGCCGAAAUGCACGAGGCUGUCGGCGCAAUUGCUUCAUUAGGCGUCAGCCCGAUAGUCCGUGUUGCCGCAAAUGAAGGCUGGAUGGUUAAACGUGCUCUUGAUUCCGGGGCUCAUGGGGUGCUUGUACCCCUACUCGAAACUGUCGAAGAUGCGAGAAAGCUAGUGGAAGCCGCAAAAUUCCCACCCAUGGGGAAAAGAGGCUUUGGCAGCCCUUUUGCCCUGGGAUCCUUUGGAAAUAUGUCUAGUACUGAAUAUUUGCUUCAGGCCAACGAUGCUUUGCUUACGAUUGUGCAAAUUGAAACAAAGGAAGCUCUAAAAAAUGUCGAGGAAAUCGCCAAAGUUCCGGGUAUAGACGUGUUGCUUGUCGGCCCAUAUGAUUUGGGAAACAACAUUGGCAGGCCAGUGAUAGAUGGUUUCCACCCGGAGCUGGAGGCGGCGAUCGAGCGCAUCCGCAAGGCUGCGGUGGAAAAUGGCAAAAGGGCGGGUAUAUACAGUUCAAACGGUGAAAUGGCGAAGAAGUUUGCCGAACAAGGGUUCCACAUGGCACUUCAUAUUGAUAUGCUUGUUUCCAUUCCUUGUUCUUCAACACGUCCACCUCGGAGUAGUCGAACGGUCGUCGGCUUCGGACCUGGCCCAGUUGGCCUCUUGAAAUAUAAAAAUGCCUCUAAAGAGUUUGAGGACCUCGAUGAGCCAUGUCACUACCAUCCUGGCCCGCCGAAGUUCCAUGAGGGGCAGAAAGGCUGGGAAUGUUGCAAGCCGCGAGUUCUAACCUUUGAAGAGUUCUUGGAGAUCCCGCCAUGCACGGUUGGAAAACACUCGGCCGUGGAUGACACGCCAGCAGCAGAAGCGCCAAAAGCAGGCGUGGAAGACGAAUUAGCUCCUGUUCGAAAGACUGUCCCGAUCUCCCAAACGAGACCCAGCCAUCCACCCUCGACUCUCGGUGCUACUGGUGUCCAAACGCCACCAAGCGGUUCCCCCGCACCCCCAGAAUCGGAAUCCGAUGACCCGUCACUAGAAAUUCCCGCUAAUACGGAGUGCCGUCGGAGAGGCUGCAAGGCGACAUAUAAUCCCGGCGCGUCCAGAGAUGCAGAAGAAUGUGUGCAUCACCCCGGACAACCGAUUUUCCAUGAGGGGAGCAAAGGAUGGAGUUGUUGCAAAAGAAGGGUGCUGGAGUUCGACGAGUUUAUGAAGAUUCCCGGCUGUGCGACGAAGGCGAGACACCUGUUUAUCGGCAAGGGAAAGAAAGAGGAGAAGGUUGAUACUGUUCGCACGGAUUUCUACCAGACUCCCUCCACUGUGAUGGUUUCAUUCUAUCUGAAGAAGAUUGAUAAAGACACGGCGAAAGUUGACUUUUCCUCGCCGACAACGAUCAAGUUUGACCUCCCAACAACCGACAACAAGCGAUUCUUGGACACAUAUGAGCUGUUCGCGCCUAUCGACACACAGAAAUCGACGUAUAAGAUCAUGGGGACGAAAAUGGAAUUGACGCUGGUCAAGGCUGAUGGCUCAAGCUGGCCUGUUUUGCGGAGCAACGAUCAGAGGACCGGCGAGAUCAUCCAGACUGGGCGAGCAACAAAGGCUUGA